AGCGAAUAUGAACUGGCGUCAUUCCGCAGAGAAGGGCCGAGUGAAAACAUUGAGUAUUGCUUAUGUCCUUACGACAAGAAAUUUAAAGCUAAGGUAGGUUUAUAUUUUUGCAUGUUUUCAUCUCCUGAGUAUCCUAGCGUAGAGAGUUUGUGUUUUUUCAACUUUUGUCAUGCAACUUAUUUCAGUGCAACUGUUUCGGGUGAAAACCCUAUGACAGUCUAUCAAGUCGUUUGAAUUAUGGGCAUCCAUUUUCGGAAGCAACUGAGAAACGGAAACCAUCAAGAUUACAAAGCCACUCCGAUUUCAACCGAAUUUACUUGCAACCCGACUGGACAUAAAUUUUGUAGCAAAAAAUAGAUGCAUUGAAUGGAAGUGCGCUUUCGAUGGGAAAAGCUUUGGAAAUAAACUUGCAACCGAAUUUGUGUUUCACAUAAAUCGAACAAAACGCAAAAGGAGAAGUUGUCCAUUUAGAAGGCUGAAAGAUGUUCAGUUGAACAGGUUGGAUUCCUGAGCCGUUUAAAGGAUUUAAGUCAAACUACAUUAGAUUUCGUUUCCAUUUUGAAAACGCGCGAGUUCAAAAUCUAGCUUUCCUUAUCCCGCGAUUUUAUUUUAUUCCAUGAAUUCCCAGUCUCUCAGCGGUGAAUAUACAAAUUAAAUUAAAUUUUUAGAUUUCAGAUCCUCCCCCUUUCUUUUUACGAGUGGUCAUGAUCCCAACUCUGCAAAAUAUUUUUUCUUCUUAAGUUGCUUUUGGGCAUCCCUGUGCGCAGGUAGUAAAGAGAAACCUUUUGCGUUGAUAAUUUCGGUUCAUUUUAUUAUUUUCAAGGAUAUGAAGAAGUCAGCACUGACGAGACAAUCUUCAUCAAGCAGUAAACACACCAAUUCCCGUAAGUAAAAUGAUCGAUUGUAUGAUUAAUUACUUUGUUUAUUUUCAAACCGAUGAAUAUUUACUGUAACCAUUGAAUAACAUUUCUUAUGCUAAAUUAAUUGUUUACUUUAUUGGUGAUGUCAAAUGCCAAUCGGUUUACGUUUGGUAAUUUUGCUGUUUUGCUGUUGACUAUUGUAGAAAUUCUCUCUCGGAGACUUAUUAAAUCGGUUACAGUUUUAAAGUUACAUUUCUUGACCGAGUGACAUGACAAUCUAAACUCAGGUCUCAGUUCCGCAUGCAUGGAUGCAUUCCCGGCUCCAUCUAGUCCCAUCCGUCUUUAGCGAGUAGGCUUGCCUCUCCCGUGUAUUAUUCCUGUCUCUGUCACAAAGUCUGCCAUGUGUUUUUGGGCCUUCCAGAACCUUCCUGCACAGGAAUCCACGUUAUGUAGCCGACAUUGCCUGACCACCUCUUGGUCCACUUUCUUUCACUAACUCCCUGUAGACUCGGGUGUUGAAGACCCUGUCAGUUCAAUGAGCUCGUCAAAUGAGAUAAUAUAAGGCCAGAAAAUACCUAGACUCUUCUGUAAAGGCAUUGAUACUGAAAUGAGGCCUGUCGUUGUCCUUGGCGAUUAUUAUCUUUGUCGGUGUCACACCCAAGACUGGAAGAGAACCGGCUGCUCCAGGAUAUUGAAUAGAACCGAAACGAGUGACUUGUACGUUUGAUUCCAGUUAUACAAACGUUACGGCAGGAAAAAUCGCCGGCUGUGAGACCUUUUUUGACUUCCUUAAAUUAUCCUAGCGUACAUGAUUAGAAUUUAAUACCUCAUUAACUGUCACUUAAAUUUCGCCCAUUUUGUUUAUUUCCGGCCAAUUACUCGGUAUUAAACUUGAAGUUAGCAAAAAAAAAUUAUAGUCAAACCUCCUUAAUACGGACACCACAAAGGUGUAGGGCCAAGAGUCUGCAUUAAAGAUGUGUCGGAGUGUAUUCCAGUCAAAUCUCCUCAAUAUGGACACGGGCCUGGUACAGAGUAAAGUGUCUGUAUUACAGAGGUAUCUGAGUGUAUUACAGUCAAACCUCCUGGAUAUGGACACCGAAGGGACAGAGCCAAGUGUCUGCAUUAGAGUAGAAAUCUGUAUCAUAGACUUAGUGAUUUAUGUCUAAAGUUUGGAAUUUGAGACCAAGUGAAAAGACCUAAAAAUUGGCCGUAUUCAGUAGGGAUCACUGUGUCCGAUAAAAUGGGCCACACCGUGGUACUGACUUCCAGUAAAUUAAUCAAUAUAAAUGUCAAAAUCACAGCUUCAUAACAAAUAAAUAUGUCCCCUAAGCGUUAACUUAAUUAGCUCGAGUUAGGUAAACACUGAACGGCUUAUCAGUAAAAAGGCUUGUACACCAUCUCAUUUCAGUCAACUCAGGAACAAACCGUUUGAAAAUCCGUCUUCAUAACAUAGCAUGAAUUUCAGACGAUUACUUCGAGUGUUUUUUAAUUUACUGCCUAUUAAAUAUCUGAAGGAGUAAAAGUGACUCGAAUUAAUCGUCUGAAAUUCAGACUACUUCCUAGCAGCGUUACAUAACAAAUGAAUAACAUAGGCAGUCAUAUUCUUGAGCUUCUAGCCAAGAUGCUUACUAGUCGCUACUAUAAAAGGAUACACUAAAUAGAGGGGGUAGCUUAGUACAUGGGAGUGACCGUUAGAUCGGCUUUAGAUAAAUCCGCUCCGUUAACUCUCGCAUCUUUUGCGCUAAAAUUAUUUGAAGCACAUUCAUAUGCUUCUCUCUGUAGCUGGUAUGUUUGCAAAUAAGGUUUUUUUUUCUGAUUAUCCUAGCCCAUUGAUGGUCUUAAUUGCAGUUCAAAACACUUCUACUGAAUGGAGAAUUAUAAAUGAAAGUAGCUCUUUUUUGUAAAGAAAAACUAAAACAAUUGUUCUAACAAGAAUUUUAAUAAGAUAGGCCAUCACAUUCCAAUACAAGAUUGAGCACUUCAGCUGAACAGAGGUCCUCCGGAGGUCACUCAUUUGCCAGACAGCUAUUAUCCCAGGAAUCACUGAACAGACCAAAAUCUUUACAUUUUUGCUUUGCUGUCACCGGCGGAGAGGAACGGGCUCCUUAAAUCAUGAAUUCGCGGUCAAACGAACUUAACAGAGAGACACCCUCCAUUCAAACCAGUCAAUACAGAGCAGUUGAACUGGUGAGAAUUUCUGUGAUUUUAUUAUAUCUGGAUAUGUUUAAAUUUUUGUUAGUAGAUGAUUAUUUUUUCCGGUAUUAUUCGAGUAUAUUCCUCUAACAUCCGGAUUCGAUGAUGACCUUUUCUGGUCAGUAUUGGCCUGUUCUCUUCAGUUGCAUGGCGGCUCAAACAGGGGCAAAUCAAAAAACAUUUACACAAUUAAAAUUAAGAAGAAAGGGGUAACUCGUACAUAGAUUUUAAAAGUAAGAUAAAUAUAGAGUUAAUAUUGUUAACGUUUUCAGUUUACUAUUCAUUAGAAGAGGUUGCAUAAUAUCAAAAUCAAAAUAUAGUAGGAGUGCCGGGGUUUGAUGUGUUUCUUUAUAAGUUUCGCAGAGAAGGAUUACCUGCCCAUGUUAUUUUUCUUGUUCCAGUAUUUGUCAGAGUACACUAAUAAUUUCACGUUUUUCCAUCAUUGCUUCUUUAUCAUUCUAUAUAAUUUGCUCGUUGAACAAUCGACAUCGUCAAUGAGACUGCUGAACUGGUUACAUAAAGGGCAGCGCAAAGUGAAAAUGAUAUACGUACGUGCAAUGAUUCAAGAAAUUUUCUCUUGUAAAGCUUUCUGGCGGAUGUGGUCAGAGAUGGCUCAAUCAGACACGGUAAUAACAAAUCUGUUACAACUGAGAUAUUGCCAACUAAAGAAUUAAAUCAUUCUUUAGCGCCAGGAAAUCCCCUAUUACAAUUUAAUUCUCCUACUGAUCCAAGCCCAAGAGUCGCACUCCACAGAGGGUAAAAGAUUGCAGGAUUUACAUUAAAUCGGCUUCGUCUUUGAUCGUGAGUAGUCAGCGCGGUAUUCGCAGAGUAAUGUUUUUCUCGAAUAAUUUUAUUUAGAAAUGCGUUAUUUGUAAUGUUUGCAAGGAUCAAAACUAAGCCUUCCUGAAAGAUUCAGUGAACCAAAAUGAGCGCCAUGUGAAAGAAAAUUACAUGCUGGGGAGUUCUAACAGUGACGUCUAAAUUAAAACUAAUUUUAAAUCACGAUAAAGCUGAGAUUCCAUCUGCAAGAUCACUACAGCGUACAUGAUAUACAGCAGCCCGACUAGAGUUUUGUUUCUUCGUUGGCCCCACUUGCCGAUGGUGAUUUGUCUCAGGUUGUCUAAAAUGCAAAAUGACUUUGGACAAAAUACCAAAAGGGUUUCUAUUUUUAAUUCCGAGGGUGCAGAAUCAAACAAGUCAAGAGUACUAUUUGAUUUGGAUCUCCAUCAGGGAUUUAGAAUGGGCUGUUCGUUAAUAUUGUAGCAUUUCACGCACACCUGUUGCCCUUUACGAGCGAUAAAAACUCCAGGAGGUAAAAUAUUGCUUAACGUGUCUUGAAGGACAAAAAAUAUGUCUAGGUUUGCUUUUUUUUGUCUUAAAAAACACCAAUCAUUUAGAGGAAUGUUUUCUUAAAAGCCAAGGGACUCUUCAAUGAUUGAAAUGAACUUUCUGUAAUUAUAAUAAGAUAACUUUGAUAAGCUCUUGGCUUUAAUCAUGGUUGAAAUACUUCUGCUAUUGUAUACCACUGAAGUGUGUUUAAUUACUUCACCUGGUGAAAAAUUGAAAAUUCCGGGAAGAUACACUUGCCUCACUGACCGGAAACAUUUUGGCAUGAACGCUGAGUUGGCGGGACUGUAACUAAGUUUGCCAUGUAAAUCAUACAUAGUCAUAAAAUUGGCAGUGACACUGUAACAGAGCUGAGAAGGAAUGCCUUCGAAAAAUAGUCAAGGUAGGCUGAUAUGACUUAAUUAAGGCUCACAAAAAACAGAUGAUUACUCCCUUAUAAUUACCUGAGUUUGAAAUCAGAAUAGAUGAUGUCGAGUGAAUGUGCUAGUUUCUAAGCUUUUCUAUUAAUGAGUUACAAGGUGCACGUCCUGUGCUGGUAGAAUCAAAUGGAACAAAAUGUUAUAAAAACUGUUCACCUGACUUUCUCUUCCUCACAGCGAAUGGCAAAGAAGUAAGGACGAUUGCUAGUAUUUUUUAGUUCGUUCCGACUGACAAUUGGCCAAACCAGCUGCUUGAUUUGGAAGGAGAGCUUAAAGAGAAACAAGCUUUAACGCGAAGAGCGAAAAAUCAUCUACUAAAAUCUGAUGUAAAACAUUUGUGCGUUUGUCUCAUUACUGAUUUUUGUGUACCAUAGUGAAAGACGAAUAUUAGUGCGCCAGAUAAGUUUAUUUGGAUUUCAUUUCGUCUCGGAAAAUAGCCUAAACUCACUUAGAUAACAUUUCGCGCUUUCACAAGCCAUUUAUUCUCUAUUUCACUUUCUUUUGAAAUGCCGUAAAUAAAUUCCUUUUACGGGUGGUUGGGUCACUAGGGCUUAUUCGCAGCGACUACGAGUCUAGAAAACUGGACAGUAAGUUCACGGGAUUAAUGUUAUUAUUUUUUUGAUGUCAAUGUACGAAGAAAUUCGGCAACUGUUAGACACACGCAGCGGCUGUAACGAGUGCCAAAUUACAAAUGUUAAACUGCAGCUUUGCUGGGGUGUAAAAAACAACAACAAGUUAGUGACAGUGAGCUGAUUUGGAACUGAUAGAUACACCACCCUACUGUUUCGAGUAAGCGUUUUGUUUGACGUCGCCCCCGGCAGUUUGUCCGCAGAUCAAGACACAAACUGGUGGACUACCACAACACCGGUAACGCGGAGGGUCAGCCGAUCAUCUUAAAACUCGGUCUUAGUUCAAUUUUAAAAUACUUUUGUCGAUUUUUAUCAGCUUAGUAGCCUGUUUCAGUCGGAGCUGAAAACAGUCUGCAUAAACCCAUAUUUACCGGUGGCUCUUUUGAAUUCAAAAUGUUUUAGAUCUUAUCAGGUAUGAUUCUAAAUCAAUCAAGAAGCGCGGACCAAUUUUCAACGAUUUAACACCAAAAACAUAUGGAAAAGCAGCACCAAAACGUAAUCUAGGGUUCAUAUCACUCAGCCAAGCCUAAAAAGGAACAUGAUGCUUAUUUUAACUACCAUGGGUGUCUCUUUUCCCUUACUCUGUUUUUGAACUCGAUGUUAUCGCUGCAAAUUCAUAACCAGAGGGUUGCGAUCUAUCUUGAUAUUCAAAUGUCAGUCAUUAUCGCAUUAAAAAUUGUUUACAGCUAAUGCAAUUAAUUAAGGUGGCUCGAUAAGGUUUUUCAGGGUCAGUUUAAACAAAGAUUUGGAAAUUAAAAUUUUCAUCACGGUUGUAUUAAAUAAACUAAGAUAAAAAUUUAUUAUGAUCAGGGUUACAAUAACAUCGAAGUUGUCAUAGCAACGAAAUGACGCCAUUACCUAUUUUACUUGCAGCAAUAUUUCUCGGCACUGGGAACUUUUCUUCCAAAAUCGUUCACGGGAACUUUUUCCUCCAAUAGCGACCUCGAUGUUCGUGAAGCAUGCUCUUUGAGGUAAAAAGAGAAAAUGCGCUAGAAAGGAAUUUUUUCUUGAACUGACUAAACUCUAUUUUAAUAUCAAACUCAAAAUCAAAUACAACCUCAUCCAAAGUUUUGUCAAAGUUUAAUAAAUGCUUACUUAAAGUUUACCAAAGUCUACCGAAAUUACUUGAAGUUUGAUCGGUUUCCUGAAAUAGUCUUUCAGCAAUAAUUUUGAUAUUAGUUGUAACAUGGCUCGUUUAGUAUCCGCGCUUGUGAGAAAUUUAUUGCGUACAUGUCGCGGGAAAACUAGUCACGUGAUCUAACAACUGAACUUUUGCUCAAGAGCUGUGUUGUCACCGCAUGGUGCGGAUCGAGUCUGUGAAGUCAUUGAAUUUUUAUUGGGAAUUGAUAUCGAUGAAAACUUUCAAGUAACGGAAUUCUUAAAUGUGAACAUGUGGAAAGAUAUGUUUUCAUGAAGAAUGAAAAAUUAAAUGUUUGAAAUUGAACUUGAGUUUAUAAUAAAUAGACACUGCUUUCUCAAAGAGCUUCAGCGGGAGUUUUCUUGUACAUGCCUGUGAACUAAGGUAAAACUUGUUGUCAUAUAAGUGAGUUAAUUCUCUCUGCCUUGAACUGUCUCAACAUGAAAAAUCCUGGAACAACUUCACGAUCCAAAGCCCUCUGUGACGGGCUAGCUUGUCGAGCAAAACACGGUGAAAUCACGUUAUUCUUUAUAAAAAAUCGUAAAAAAAAACGUUCACCUGUUCGUCCUAGUAAAGAAAAAUUGACUAUUUGGCAAAAAGAUAAUAUUUUCCCUCGUGUUAAACUGUUUUUUUUUUAAAUAUAAAACGGCAAAAUACCACGGCAAGGCGAUGAACACUGAAGUGAACAAAGAAUAAAACAAAAAAAUAUAUUUAAACAAAUUUGCCCAAUACUUCGGUUUGAAAGACAAACCUUCUUCAGGGGCUAAUAAAAGAAAAAUGAAGAUAAAACUAAAAGUUUGUUACAAGUAAGGGUUUGAAAGUAUAAAAUUAAAACAAUAGAAUGUGAUUGGUGUAGCUGACUAGGUAGUAUCGUAUAUCAACGAGCUUCGUCACGUCUAUUUAUUUCAAGGGGAGGCUCGUGAUAUAGUAGAAGCCUUUGAAAUGGAAGCCUGCGUGGCAGGCAUUUGAAAAGGAAAGGAAAGGGGGUUUUGGGCGCGAGGGAAACGCGAGAGGCGCGCCCCCUUCGCGUUUCUCCCGCGCCUUCCCUUUCAAACGCCUGCCACGCAGGCUCUUGAAAUGGUUAUCACUACUAACUGUGAUUAUUGACUAAAAAAUGAUAUUUAGCAUGCAUGCUUAGGGAUUCGUACUGGCUGUUUCAGUUGACGUGUACCAAGUGUACAGGACGUGCUUUUUGAUAUUCCGAUUGGUCGACCGAAUAAGGCUCUUUGCCAUAUAGGGAAUAUUGUAACAUAAGCUAGAUAGCGAAUGGCUUUGAUUUUCACUUUCAGGAUCACAAAAACAAAUCAUUCCGAUAGGGUCCAGAAAAUUAGAAGCUUUGAGAGAAAAUAUCUGCCUUCCUUUAUGCUCUAAGAAAACAGUAAUUGGACUACUUAGGCCCGUUUCAAAGGUCGUGCUACUGCCAUGCCGAACUACAUUGAUCGAAUUAAAUUCGACUUUAGCACUGCAGUAGCGCGACGUUUGAAACCAAGUCGUGCUACUGCCGUGUAGCACGACUUGGUUUCAAACCAGUCAAACGUCGCGCUUGCCGUGCCGCACUCAAAUUAUAAAUUAUGAAUACAUUAGAAUACAUUAAAAGUUUGCUAAAUCGUUUCUUUAUUUCUGUGUUUUGUUUUCGGCAACAGCGGUUCUAUUCGACUGAAUUAAAUUCGACGUCUGAAACCAAGUCGUGCUAGUGUCAUGCUGCAUUCGAGCUACAGUCGAGCCAUGCAGCUUAGCACAGCAAAAGCACGACGUUUGAAACAGGCCUUACUGAACAGUUACAGACUUAACCAUUUGACUGAUCGUCCAAUACUAUACCGUUUCAUUACGGACCACAUAGUUUCUUUUUCAAGUUUAUAAUCUUAUAUAAAGCAAUGUGGAAGCUUUUCAUCACGUGGGCUAAAUUGACGUGAUUGUUGGGCGAGUAACUUGUACGUCUGUUUUCGAUAUGGGGUAAACUCGCCUGUUAAAAAAGGUCAUUUUUAAACACAUGGUAUAAUUCUAUUACAAAUGUGUCAUCCCCUUGAAACACGUUUCACGACACUUUCAUCAAGCUAAAUAUAGGGGGUAGAAGCGGAAGAAUUUGAGUCUUGAUGUUCAUGGUUCCGGUCGUUUUUGCCUCGAUGAUUCAUGAUUCCUACAAGAAUUUUCUUCUAGAUUCAUGAUUCACGAAGACUUUUCAUCUCCUAUUGACUUCUCAGUGGCACUGUUUAGUUUUGUUUUGUAGUGUUUAUUUUGUGUUCAAACUUCUGUUUCGUCCAAACUCGGUAUCAUCAUUCGUUUUGUCCACUGUAUUGAGUUUUUUUGUAACUGCAUUAAGCACCAGAUUACUGUGGAAACAAGCCGACUAUCAGCCCCGAAUGCGUGAUUUAUACAGGGGGGUUCGGGGACAUACUCCCCCCCGAAAAAUGUUUGAAAAUUGGACCCUCGGAAACGCCAUAUCCAGCAUUUACUGGAUCGAACGCAGUUAAUUCAUACGUGUAUUUUGUUGAGCUUUUCUCAGAGUCUCGUUACUUAUGAUCCCGAGCCGAAGUACAAAGUUUCCGAUAAAAUAUCUCUUUUAUUAAAAGGGUGAGAGGCUUUCACCCUUUGCUUCCCUCUCCUCGCGAUUUUUCACCCUUUCCCCAAACAGAGAGCCUGUUCACAGACUAGUUAAUACUAUAAUCUCACAGUCAAAAAUGCACACACGACACAGAAGCAAAAUUCUUCAAUAAACUUCACAAACGAAUCAAUUAUCUAGUAAGAGAAAGUCUUUUAAUUGUAACUUAGUCAAUCACGAGCCAUUAUAUCACCUUCUUGCAGUAAACCUUACCAAGUUCCGAAAAUAGUGAAUGAACUAUAAUAAUAAUAAUAAUAAUAAUAAUAAUAAUAAUAAUAAUAAUAAUAAUAAUAAUAAUAAUAAUAAUAAUAAUAAGUGACUGACGCUCUAGGUGCAUGGUUUGCGCCCUGCUGAUGCACAAAAAGAACACCAGCAAAGACUGUGAUAAAAGAGAUAAUAAUAAUAAUAAUAAUAAUAAUAACAAUAAUAUUAAUAAUGAAAUUUAUUAAGGUCUAGCUCAUGUCUUAUAGCUCAGACACAGUGCCUUACUAACAUAAUAUAAAAGCAUAAUAUAAUUAUCCUCAUCCUCUAGUGUCUCACAGAAAAACUCGCUAAAAGGUAACAAUUAUCUUUUAAACUUAAAGCAUUUUAAAUUAGUCACGUGGAAACGUCACGGCUCUAUUGUUCUGUCUAAUUAAAAGCAAACCCACACAACAGAUUUGACGGUCUGUAUAAGUACUGGUGGAUAUCCGGUAUUGAUGAGUUAAUGUUGCUUUCUAAGAGAACUGAGGAAUUGACUUACGUUUGCAGUCAGUGUUGCUUGUUGUACGUGUCUUAGCAUUGGCACGUACUACACGCGAAGUACAAUCAGUUCAUGAAUACAAAUUCUAGUGCACUGUUGAUUGUAAACACGCCGGUGUUAGCAGUAUCCUGAGUAUGUAAGGAUUUUUUGCAUAAAAAUAAACCGUACUUUCCCGCCGUUCGCUUCGCACGAUUAUCAGAGGCAUGUUUACUGUUGUACACCUGUCGGAAGCAACCUCAAAUUUAACUGUUCACAGAUUUCUUUUCUCUUAUCUCAUUGCAUUUGAAUUAAUCCCUCUUUCGUUAGUGGCGCAAGAUUAAUGAAGAUAUGAUUGCUUAAUUAGGCCAUUCUUUUCAAAGCCACAAGGUGCUAAAGAGUAGUGACUUAUAUAGUGUUCAGUGUGAUUUAUAAAGUUAAGAUAGCAUUGCCUGUAAAGGUGUAAUAAAAACUCACAAAAAGCAAUUCUUUUAAUAUUGCUACUGACAGUUUCCCCAUUAACCAACAACUGGUCACGAUAAAAAAACUAUACUCCCCGCUUAUAUCACGUUUACGCUCGAAUCAGGCAAUAUUAUACCCUUGACCGCUCAGCAGGUCAAUCUCUCGUAAUCAAUGGAAUUUAUUGCCUCAAGCCAGGUUAUAAACAAUGCGAGCAGUCACAAAAGAUCACUAUAAUUAGUAGCAACAGAGUGUUCAGCAUUAGCGGAUCUUGCUUGCUUUUCAAACAGACUCCGUGGAAAAAGAUUCAAGCAGACAAGCUAUGAAGGGAAGAAGAAAACUUGGCCUUAGCACACAGGUCAAUCUACGAAACAUUCGGAUUGCAGUGAUGGGUCAGGAUGGAGUAGGAAAAACAGGUACGGAGGAAACUUGAACUUUAGCGUAGCAUGUACCCCGGUGAUUUGUACAGCCUGCGUUGAAGUACUGUACAGCAUUUAGCGCUUAUUCAAGACGCGAUGCGUUACUGAUUCAUUUUUAAGACCAUAAAAAGCUAUAAAACGGCGGGAACUGACUGAAUCUAACUCUCGUCAUUUUUAACCAAUAUAUUGAACUAUAAGACGUUAUAAACAUUGAAAACGUUGUUAAAGAAGCAAGAACUUAUCGCUGAAAGAAGACAGCAAAUCAUGCGGUGUGAUCAACAUGACCAGUCAUUUGAUAUUUUGGGAUAAAAACGUGAUAAAACUUGCUGUACUUUUGUGUGGUCUCCAUUUGCAUGGGCCGCUUUUUUUUACAUUUUUUUUUUUUCUCUUGGCAAAUAUGAGGAGAUAUAGUACCACUUGAUGAUUAACGUAUAUGUAUCAAUACCUGCUAUUAAGUGGAUUGUGUAUUUAUGGUAUCAUUAAGUUUUCAUAUCAGUUCAUUGAUUCAGCUCGUCAAUCUUCAAUUUGGUAAAAUAUAACUUACAGCAAAAACUGAUGAUUGAGGUCCGUCUUAUUUCGAUUUGCUAGAUUCAUGUUCACCGGAAAUACAGCUAGAUUUCCCUGUUAGACUAAGUGUAUUCCGAACACUGACCGGUUGAUAAAAAAAAAAAAAGACAGCUGAGAAACACAAACUCAUCAACUCGCGUAAAAGUAUCGGUCUCUAAUGUAAUGAAAAGACUAAAAUGGAAAGGUCAAAAAUGGAACGCUUGAAGCGUUAUUAGAGGAAAAAUGAACGUAGAAAAUUCUAGUAUCUCACGGUAAAUAUAAAUCACCCUUUCACCCAACAAUUGUGUUACUAAACACUAUUGUUGCAGUUAUUUUUACAUUUUAGCUCGUCAAAACAUUAUAACUCUCAACCUCUCGCAUUGUACACCACAAUGAGUAAGCUUAUAAUUUGACUAGGUUAAUUUAAAUGUUCAUUAAUAAUAAUUUGUGCAAAAAGAUUAAUCCUAUAAUCCAAUAGAGGUUCGCAACACAAAUCCAAUUAUUUUUUUUCCUCUUCAUAAAGACUCUACCGACGGGAAACCCCCACUUAACACUUCAAUUUUUUUGUCCAAGGAAGGAACCGGCAUUUCUAAUGAUGGGAUUAAUUAAAUUUUGAGAAUUUUUUAUUGGCAUUUUUUUCCGAUCUGUAAUUACUCCAGUUGGAAAACAUACAAAAAGAUACUCACUCGCAUUUUUUUUUUCAGCCCUCACUGUUCGUUUCUUAACCAGGCGAUUCAUCGGAGAGUAUGACCAAACACUGGGUGGGUAUUUCAUAUUAAUGUUUUUUACCACGGUUUUUUCUUAUUUUUUUAUUGCGGAACACACCCCCGUUCAUUUUAAAACCCACUGAAUUACACAUAAAUGAUUACAUCAAAAUAACUCAAAUGAAAUGAAAUCAAGUACUGAAUUAAGUUUAAGGUUUUUACUAAGGACUAAAGUAAAGUAAUUACCAAUCGGGUGUCAAUGAAGGAACAAGCAAGAAGUUAAAAACGUUGGCCCGACUUUUUAAGGUGGUAUUGCGUAUCCACAAAAGCCAUUUAUGACCAAAACGGGCAUUUUUUAAAAGCAUCUCUGCGUUAGAAAGCUUUAGAAAAGCUAUUUUAACUGACUGAAUGAACUGCUGGCCGCUGUAUCUAUUUAUUUAUUUUUAAAAUUAUCAGUUACCUUUGAUGAAAAAUUGUUCUUUUGACUUUCAAAGUCAUGGUUACCAAAUUUUGAAGGCAACACUUGUUUCUAAUUAAUUAUACCAUGUAUAGCGGAUCGAGGUGUGUGGUAAAAGUGAUUUUGUACCGUGAAUGCAUGUAUGACGCAAAUUGGACAUGUUGAUCAUUCCAACGUAACCAGCAAUAGACUUCAUAUGUUCCGGUUUUUAAACUAAACAAAAUCUUUUUAUUGUUAACGGCAAAACCCGAAAAAGGCAGAACGACUAUAAACAUUGUCCUAAAAUCGUCUCACAGCUGGAGUGGUAUGCGCUUCCACGGAAAGGAUAAAUAUUUUUGGCCUCCCACAGAGAACUCAAGAUCAUAAAUUAAAGUUGAGAGCGGAUCGCGCGGAAAAACAAAUUCAUGUGAAACGCAUAUGCUGUAUAAAGGAAACUGCAAGAGUUAACUACUUGAGCAGUUAAGUUACGACAACCACGGACUUAAUCAAACAAAGCAACUGAGCUUACAAGCGCAACAUUUGACAAUUUACGAGAAAAGAACCGACAGAAAUAAAUCUUGCGUUUAACCUCAUUCAUACCCUGCUCAAAAUGAGGAUGGGAACGAAGUGCCCGCGGGAGCGAUCCUCAUAAAUGCAGACCACUUGGUAUUGAGUUUGAGAAGUUUGACCCAUUUAGGCACUUUUACGGCUUUUAUCCCAUGAUGGACAUGUCGUUAGUACAAUCCAGGGCGAGUUUAAUUGAAAUCUUGACGCAGUUCUUACGUCAUGUGGCGUCAUCACUUCUUUUGGACUGCCGUGAGUGGUGCAGAUCCGCUCGACCGUCAAGCCCAGAAGCUGUCUGAAAGGGUGAAGGAUUUUGGGUGCUAAGCAACUUGUCCUAGAAGGAGUGUACAAUCAGGAGAUUAUUCUCUCUUGCUACAAUCUAACGGCUUUCAAUUCUUGUGAAAGAGACUGACCUCUUGGGUAAACUAUAAACUGCAAUGAGCUCGACACCAUGGCCCGAUCCACAUACGUCUUAUCUAAGUGCGAUCUUUCUAUCUACCAUUUAUUUGCCUCCAUCACAACAAUUGAUGAUUUUGCAAAUUAAGAGAUGAUAUACCUUUUCAAAAUAUAAAACAGCUCCAGGUUCCUUUUGAAAAUUCUUUUCUGAUGUAAAUCUCCCAACGACUGGACAAAGUCUCUCCCUAAGGAAUUUGAUUUGAAAAUAUUAUGUUCCUUUUUUUCUUGUCUUUAUGACUGAUAACUUCUCUUUUGUUCUCAGAAACAACAACCAGACACCACGUUGACGUGGACGGAGAGUACCUUGCUUUAGACAUCUUGGACACCGCGGGAAAGGUAAAUAUCCCUGAUCCAUUCAUAAGCCCGACUACAGUCAACUCUCGCCUUGCGAACAUAGCGCUAUAACGGACACCCUGGUAAUACGGACAGCAGCUAAAUCCCAAUGCAAAAGUAAAUUGCAGAACUCUAAAUCGCGUCCCUACAGUCCGCUGUAAAGAGAGCUGACCAUCACACGAUCCGCCUUUUUGUCUGCAAUCGUGGGCGACAAGAGGAGCCCGCGGAAAAUUCUUGGUCAGCGGUACUUUAUAAACUGUAUACAUUUCAGGUUGAGCUUUGUGACACUCAUUACUGUUUUCAUUGUAUCUUUGCCUUCCUCUUCUCGCUCCUCACCAUUUUUUAAUUCGCAGGCUAAUUGUAGCUAAGUAACUGUGACUAAAAUCAUUGAAUUAAACACGAGUAUUGUUUACUGUGUUGUUCAAUUCAGUUUCCAUGCCCAUGGUCCGCCGCGAUUCCUUUUGUUGACACUGCAACUAAAAGGGCUUUCUGUGAUUCACGUACGCAAUUACGAAAGCGGUUCCAUAAAUCACAUCUCUCAGGUAAAUCCACAUGUUCGCCCGCACUUCCUACCUAUCGGUUACUGCUAGGAUAUCACAAAGAGGAUGAAGUGUUAAGUUAACUUAGUUAAGUUAAUUACCUAAGUUAGUUAAGUUUUCGUGCUAAUGCACACACUUACUGAAAUUUCAUCUUUCACUGGUUGCAUCUUGGACCCUCUCGCGACAGUUUUGUAACAAUAGGUUCUGUAGUGUGAAGUGCUCGGCAGCUUUGCCCUAUAAUAUUUUACAGUUAUAACAGGACCACAGAGUAAAGCGAUCCUGGGUACAUGGUACUCUGUUAAGCUGUCUAUUUAAAUUGUUUCUUCUUUAGAACACUGAUGAGAAGAUGGAAAAUAUCAUUGCAUAUGCAGAUAUUUUUCUUGUCCUGUACUCUAUAACGGAUCGUGCCAGCUUCCAGGAGGCUGGGAAGAUUGUAAAAUACAUCCGACGACACCGAACACUCGAUUCAAGCAGCAUAAUUAUCGCAGGAACCAAGACCGACCUAGAACAUUUCAGGAAAGUACGCGAAACAGAUGGGUCACGCCUCACCUACUCGUUAAACUGUGGAUUCUUUGAGAUAUCAAUUUCGGAGGAUUACAGGGAGACUAUGAACAUGUUUAAUGACAUUUUAAGACAGUAUCUGAAUGCACAUCCAUCCCACGACUCAUCAGCGAUGAUAUCUACGUGUCCUUCUCCUACCCCACCUAACGCGCUGUCUCCUUCCAAGGAAAUUAAGUCGCCUUCUUCAUGGGCGAAAGUAAAGGGGCUUAAAACAAUGCCAUUUAGAAGGAAGUCAGUCCAGACAGCAGCCUGCUAG